AUGACGAGUGUUGAACAGAAAGAGCUACAGAAGCUAUAUGGAAGCUUCGCCGGAGGCCUCGCCGACGAAGACUUGGAGCGGACGAUUGCAGGCUCGGAGCGAAUCAUGAGAGGUCCUGCUGGGCUGCUGCUCACGCAAGCGGGCCUCGACGAAUCGACAAAUAAGCCUUUUACACUACUCGACAAUGCUUGUGGAACCGGUCCUAUCGUGGCGCACUUGCAAGACCACAUCGACUCUAAGUUGUUGCUGGAGAGCAAGAUGGUUUGUGCCGACUUCAAUGAGAACCUUGUGAAUAUAUUGAAGAGGCGUGCUACCAAGUAUGGCUGGACAAACGUUGAGACGGCUGUCGUUGAUGCUCAGAAUUCGGACUUUCUAGAUGAGUCUUUCACUCAUGUAACCCUCAAUUUUGCUAUGCACGUAAUCCCAAAGCCGGAGGCUGUGUUAGCAGACACGAUGCGGAUUCUUAAACCAGGAGGCGUGUUAGCAUUUAGCACCUGGCACAGAGACACCGAGGGAUGGACCCCUGAUAUGAGGUCGUGUUUCGAGGCGCUGCCGUUCGACGCACCUAUGCCUAACCCGGUGCCCAUGGCAAUCCACGGGAAGCUCCAGUGGACGGAUCCGGAGGGUGUAGAGGAGGAGCUGAAAGCCUAUGGGUUCGGGAAUGUUCAAGUUAAAGCCGUGCCUCACGUGGUUCGCGUGAAUAGUGCCGAGGACUACCUCUACAGUUAUAGAAUGAUGAAGGAUUGGAUGGUCAAUACGUACUGGAGCGAAGAGAGCAAGCAGAAGGCGCAAGGCAUUUUAGAUAGGCAUAUCGUGAACCAUCUCGAAGAAAAGUAUAAUGGUGAGGGAUGGGAUUUACGUUGGACAGCGAUUCUAGCUACUUGUCAGAAGCCGGUCUCUAUAGUUACAGCGAGCGCCAGUCUUAAAGAAGGUGUUUUACCAUCUUACCACUAUGGCGCACCGAUCGCCGUCGAAUGCAUGAAUAGGAGCAUAGAGACCGGCGAACAUAUACAGAAUGCCAAGGACGAAAUCCAAUGGAUCCCUUUUCCAACCUGCAACGAGACCGGCAAGUCUCUCGAGUUCGGUUACGGCGUCGAAGACGAGAUGAACUGUACGAUCCCUAUGAUAGACGACCCUUUUUUUCAUCUGUUGGAAUUCUAUAUCCACAGCGACGCGCCCCUUGCUUGUCGUCUUCCUGCUCGGCCUCCUGCCCAUAUCGAGAUGGUUGGCGAGAAGCCCUAUGAGCAAGAAUAUAUACCGCUCGUAUUUGCAUUGGCCGGUACUUUGCAGCUUAGCCAUCUGCAUAUCAGCACCCAUCUCAACAUCCUCUUGCACAGCACACCAAAGCAUCACAUUCAUCCUCACGAUAGCGGCGUUUUAGAUAGCGGCGCCGCAUAUAGCACGAGUCCACUUAGCCAUAUGGAUGGCAGCUUUACCAAGAGGCUGGUCAUUGGCGAUCCUCUACCCCUAAGUUUUAGCGUUAGGUGGUUUCCAACCCCAGCACUUCCCAAGACCGAGGGUAAAGUCGAGUGGCAGGGCAUGGGUGGGCACAUCUAUGCUAGCACCAUAUUUUAUGCCCUCGUAUCAUUCAUCGCCGGUGUUUUGGUUUCCGGCGUUUAUUUCUUUGGCAUCAUCUUGCCUAAGCGACUAAAGGGUCGCGGCCUCGGUGGUGCUACGCCUUUAGCUUACGGGCUAAACGGCGUAGGCAAUGGAUGGGGCUACUCGAAAAGAAUGGAUUGA